UGCCUAAAACAAACACACAAUGCAAAGUUAGUAAAAGACCUGAGAAACAUGACAAGGCGACUAACCCACCAAAACACACACCAAAAACAAGAUACAUGCCUAUGCAAUGAAAUGCAUAGAAGACGGGCUAAAGGAUGUAAGAACCCACACAAAUGCGCUACAACAGCAGAGUCAAUACUCCACAACCUCCUCCCCAAAUACAACCCAUACUCUUCACCACGAAAAGAUGACCUAACACUAAUGCACAGGAGACUAGAGAAAAAUGUGCAGGCAAGAAAACAACCACUACAAGAAGCCACCUUCAACCCAUCCAUCACGAUCAAAAACAGCCUAUCCGAUGGCUUCUGCAUCUUCAUCAACCCAACCAGACCCAUCCAUAUACCAGCUUACUGCCUCCACGCUCCCCAAAACGGACAAAGAACACAAAAUGACCCACUCACCAUCUUCACAGAUGGAUCCUGCAUGAACAAUGGGAAACAAGACGCAAAAUGCAGAGGAGGCAUCUGGAUAGCUAACAAUCACCCACUAAACCGAGCGAUAAGCAUACCGGGCACUCACCAUUCCAACCAAAUAGGAGAACUUGUAGCUGUACUUGUAGCGCUCCAAUCAGUAAACCCAUCAACACCUGUCAAAAUCAUGACUGACUCAAAAUAUGUAAUCAAUGGCCUAACCACUCACCUAAGCGACUGGGAAGAUGCAGGCUGGAUAGGAGUAUCCAAUGCCCCCCAUUUUCAAAGCAUUAGCAUACCAAUUAAGACAGCGACCAGCCACCACAUCUUUCCAAUGGGUAAAGGGCCAUAG